CUGAAAGAAGACACAACAGUCGCUCAAAGGAGGAGAGAGGAGCGACAGAGGCAUCCCGGUUCCUUCAAGGGGAAGAAAAGGACGAGGAGCUGGUACAUUUUUUAAAAAAUUCCCUCUUCCAUCUCGGCGGCAUGGUUUCCCCUCCAUUCCCACUUUCUCUCCAGCAUCCCCCCCUCCUCCUCUCCAUCCUUCCCCGCAUGCCCCCUCUCGCUGGCUCAGGGACCGCACUGCUGCAGCUGACUGAAACGGUUCAAGCUAUGGUUCUCACCCUGGCUGCCACCGCAGCAGCCAUGAGCGGCGGUGGUGGCAACGGCUUCAACACUUCCUCCCCCCUCGACCCAUUCGACUCCUCAACGUCUUGGAGCGUAAGCGAGGAUCCCUCCAACUCUUCUUCGGAGCCCUUCUUGAGAACUCUGACUCCGGACCUCCAGCCGGCGACCACUGCUGGGACCGUGCAGGAAGUCAGCCCUUGGGAUAUUGCGUUGUGCGUAACGGGGACGCUCAUCUCCUGCGAGAACGCCUUGGUCAUCGCUGUGCUGUUCUACACACCGACACUUCGCGGGCCCAUGUUCAUCCUGAUCGGAUCGCUAGCCGUGUCAGAUCUUCUGGCUGGUCUGGGCCUCAUCUUAAACUUCGUCUUCACCUAUUUGAUCGACAGCUCGGUAGAAUUUGUGACGUUGCUGUCAGUCGGACUUCUCAUCUCGGCCUUCUCCGCUUCCGUCUUUAAUAUCCUCGCCAUUACGGUUGACCGCUACCUGUCGCUGUAUAACGCCCUGACCUACCACACCGAGCGGACAGUCACUUUCACUUACAUGAUGGUGGGUUUUAUCUGGGUGACGUGUGUCACUCUGGGCCUGCUGCCGGCACUCGGAUGGAACUGCUUCAAAGACCAGUCUACGUGCAGCAUCUGUCGCCCGGUCACCAAAAACAAUGCGGUGGCGCUCGCCGUCACCUUCCUCCUCGUCUUUGCCCUCAUGAUGCAGCUGUACCUUCAGAUCUGCAAAAUCGCAUUCCGCCACGCACAGCAGAUUGCGGUACAACACCAGUUCAUGGCCAUCUCCACCACCAAAGGGGUCUCCACGUUGUCGGCCAUCCUGUGUGCCUUCGGGGUGUGCUGGCUGCCAUUUGCCAUGUACUCCAUUGUGGCCGACUCCAGCUACCCCAUGAUAUACACCUACGCCACCGUCCUCCCAGCCACCUGCUGCUCCGUGAUCAACCCCGUCAUCUAUGCUUUCCGAAACCCAGAUAUCCAGAAGUCUCUGUGGAUGGCUUGCUGUGGGUGCGUCCCAUCCAACCUCUCCUUAAGACCCAGGACUUCCAGUGACGUGUAGCAAGAAAAGCUAAGGGGUCUAGAUGAUGCAAGACGAAGAGUCGGGGUAAAAGGAUCGAGAGUUUGGCGCGAGAAAGGCAAGAAGGCUUUGCUCUCCUCCUCGCAUCAGGGCUGGAAAGCUGAUGACAAACGCUGAGCUGGCCACAGUCGAAGAGGCACCGACAGACGACUGAGAGGAGGGACGGUCAAAAAAAGAAGGAGCUAAUAACGUCCACGUUUGUAGCCUGAAGAGCAACCAACUGCAGGAAGUAAGCAGCAGGAAACCAACUGCAAAAUCCUGACUCAAGGUAUCUUUUAAAACUCCCUCCUUCUUUGGUAAAGGAGAGAAGUUAAGCCCCUCAUGAGUAGCAAGGUGAAAUUUUGGUUGAGGAAAAAAAAAUUGUACUAGAUCUCCAGAGGAUGCUCUGGAUGGUUAUGCAAACAGGAAGGAUCCUUAAAAUACUGUACAUCUCUUCACUCAAGUGUUUGAAAUCAAGUGCUGUGUGGAUAAAAAUACAAUGAGCUAAAUAUACAAAAAUGAAUAACUUUCAACAUUCUCAAUGAGCUAUAUUUGUAGUCGUCUCUUGAUAAAUUACUAAAAAAAAAACAAAAAAAAAACUGCUCUAAAUCAGCCAUGUUCCCUUUAGGUCGAUGAAAAGAGUGCAGCAAAAAUCAGCUCUGUAAUUUCCCCAUUACUUUCUAAGCCCAUUUUAAAUUUACCCAAUGCCAACAUGCCAGCCUCUGUCGACAAACGUCCAAAUGAAAAACAACAGCAGAAGAAAAAGAUCUAACCAUUAAGUGAACUGAUAAACAGAAAAAUUUUAGGGAGAGAUUACUAAAUUUAGACCUGGCAUGUGUUAUCCUUGGCGUCAUGACAUCAAACCUGUUCGGCAUCUGAGGAAAAAUAGGCUUCUCAGGCUGCUGCUGGGCCGUGACUACAAAGCAGAGAGCUGAAUUCAGCACCAAGGACAGCUCACUGCAGAGCGCCGCUACCCUGGGAAAUGCU